AUAAAGUAAAGAAAUAAAAUAUGUUGGGAAAAGAGGGAAGGGAAACAAAUUUCUUCCGCACAUUGAACAAUUCGUCGUCGGUGAUUUUCCCGUCGUGAUCCUCGUCGGAGAAAUCAAACUCAUCUCUCAUCUUCCGCCGCCGGCGACGGCGGCAGCUUCUCAAACGCCGAGCUGAUAGUUUCAACAUCAGUUUUUCUUUACUCGGAGGCGAUUUACAGCAGAGCGAACGUCAAAUUUUAAACUGAAAAUGCUCAGAAGAACUACACUGUACUUUACUUCCAAGAUUACACUUUUCUCACUUCCAAAACUCCACCUUUCAACCCUUUCUCCUUCAUCUUCACCCUUUUACCAAAACCCCACAAAAAUCCUCUCUCAAUCAGAUAUCAAAAACCUCGUUCUCUCCCAGUAUCACCAUGGCAAGUUUCACAAUCUCCUCCAAAACGUCGUCGCUUUACCCUCUUUCCUUCUCACAGCUUGCCACAAUCUCAAACCAAAUGACAAGAAUACCCUCACUCUUGAUUUUGUCUCAACUCAUUUUUUCUCACUUCAAGAGCUCUCUUAUCACCUCUCUACGAAUCAAUUUGAUGUCAAAGUUUGUGGCUUUACUAUCCCUCCAUCUUCAGUUAAAGGUAAACCACUUGUGCUUCCUAAUUUGAAGCUUAAAGUAGUUAUUGAAGCUAUAAGAAUGGUUCUUGAAUCUAUAUAUAAUGAUAGAUUUGUGACAUUUUGUUAUGGUGGACGUGUUAAUAUGGGAAGACAUACCGCUAUUCGUUACCUUAAGAACUCUGUUGAGAACCCAAGUUGGUGGUUUACUGUUUGUUUGAAUACUGCAAAAUUUGAAAAUAAGCAUGUUGAUAGGUUGUGUAGGGUUAUGGAAGAGAAAAUUAGUGAUGAGGCAUUGAUUGGUUUAAUAGAAGUGCUGUUUGAGUCUGAAAUAGUGAAUAUUCAAUUGGGUGGUUGUUGUUUAGGUAGAGGGCUUCCUCAAGAAUGUGGAUUGAGUUCAAUUUUGAUUAACAUUUACUUUAAUAGUUUCGAUAAGGAGAUUCAAGAACUAAGGCUUAAAACGAGUCGGGAGAAUCCGAGAGUUGAUGCUAAUGACUUUGCUGAGGGAUAUCAGGGGAAUGCUUUCUAUAAGCCGUUGAAGAUAUAUGCAGUUAGGUGUUUGGAUGAGAUAUUGGUUAUCACGUCGGGGACAAAGAUGAUGACUUUGGAUUUGAAGAGUAGGCUUGUGCAGAUUCUUGAGAGAGAUAUGGAAUUCGGUAUUGAUAAGGUUAAGACUGUUAUUCAUAGUGCUACUUCUGAGAAGAUUGAAUUUUUGGGGAUGGAGCUUCAGGCGGUUAAGCCGUCUGUCUUGCACCCACCAAUGUCACAAAAGGCGAUCAGGGCGAGGAAGAAGUACCUCCGGCAGAAAGAAGUUAGAGCUUUGGAGUUAAGAAAUGCUAAAGAGAGUAACAGAAAGAAAUUGGGAAUGAAGAUAUUCAGUCAUGUAUUUAAGAAAAUGAAGCGGGCCAAUGGUUUCAAAACUGAUUUCCAGAUUGAGAGUGAAGUCAACCAAAUCUUUGAUUCUUGGGCUGAAGAGGUAAUGCAAGACUUUUUGGAAUCUGUCGAUGAUCGUUGGGAAUGGCACCGGAUGCUCUCAUCUGGUGACUUCCUUUCUUUGAAAAGGAUCAGAGAUCAACUGCCCCGUGAACUUGUAGAUGCUUAUGACAACUUUCAAGAGCAAGUUGACAGGUACAUAAAUCCCAUCAAAGCAAAAAGGAUGUUAGAGGAACAAGCAAAGAUAGCAGAGGAAGAAGAGGAGCGGAAAUACUCUGAUCAGACUGUGGCAGAUCUGACAAAGUUAUGCAUAAAAGUUGAGGCGCCCUUAGAAAUUGUUAAGAAGGCAGUCAAACUGAUUGGAUUUACAAAUCAUAUGGGCCGUCCUAGGCCGAUUAGUUUACUUAUGGUUCUUGAAGAUGCUGAUAUCAUCAAGUGGUAUGCUGGUAUUGGGAGAAGGUGGCUUGAUUUCUUUUGCUGCUGCCACAACUUCAGAAAGUUGAAGAUUAUAGUAUCUUAUCAUUUAAGAUUCUCGUGCAUCUUGACUUUAGCAGAGAAGCAUGAAUCCUCAAAGAAGGAAGCAAUCAGACAUUACACCAAGGAUCUGAAAGUUUCUAAUGUUGAUGGGGUCGAAAAAAUGUAUUUUCCCACAGAAAGGGAAGUCAAAAUGAUGGGAGAUAACGUUCUCAUUGAUCCAAAUCCCGUGGAUGGUUCUCUAGGGAUGACGUUGAUUAGAUUAGCUUCUGAUGAGCCCUCUUACUGUUGUGCUGCUCAUUUUUGUGACAGAAGAGAUACUAUUGUCUACCGAAUUAGAUUACUUCAGAAUGUUCUUAAUUUGGAUCCUUGGGUUCCAGGAAUGGGUGCUAUACAUGAGAAUUUGAAUAAGAGAUGCAUCCCUUUAUGCUCUGACCAUAUUAGUGAAUUGUACUUAGGUAGACUAACUUUGCAAGACACUGAUUUUGCUUCUCUUUUGCAUGUGGAUUAGUUGAUGUAUUGUCAGAAUGAACAUCAAGAAUGCUAUAUAUUACUAAGGAUCAUUUCUCAAGUCAACAAGUAA